CAUAAAGGCAAAGAGAGACCCACAAGUUAUCGUUGUGAUCACUGCAAGAAAGUCCUCACCACUUCAUCAGGUCUGAGAAAACAUAAGAUGAUUCACACUGGAGAUAAACCGUUCACUUGUGAUCAGUGUGGAGCAGCUUUUACCAGACAAGAUAGUCUAAGGACUCACCAACGUAUUCACACUGGAGAUAAACCGUUCACUUGUGAUCAGUGUGGAGCAGCUUUUACCACAUCAGGUAAUCUAAUGAUUCACCAACGUGUUCACACUGGAGAUAAACCGUUCAGAUGUGAACAGUGUGGAGCAGCUUUUACCACAUCAAGUAAUCUAAUGACUCACAAACGUAUUCACACUGGAGAUAAACCGUUCACUUGUGAUCAGUGUGGAGCAGCUUUUACCACACAAGGUCAUCUAAAGAUUCACCAACGCAUUCACACUGGAGAUAAACCGUUCAGAUGUGAACAGUGUGGAGCAGCUUUUACCACAUCAAGUAAUCUAAUGACUCACAAACGUAUUCACACUGGAGAUAAACCGUUCACUUGUGAUCAGUGUGGAGCAGCUUUUACCCAACAAGGUAAUCUAAUGACUCACCAACGUAUUCACACUGGCCAUAAACCGUUCACUUGUGAUCAGUGUGGAGCAGCUUUUACCACACAAGGUCAUCUAAAGAUUCACCAACGCAUUCACACUGGAGAUAAACCGUUCAGAUGUGAACAGUGUGGAGCAGCUUUUACCACAUCAAGUAAUCUAAUGACUCACAAACGUAUUCACACUGGAGAUAAACCGUUCACUUGUGAUCAGUGUGGAGCAGCUUUUACCACACAAGGUCAUCUAAAGAUUCACCAACGCAUUCACACUGGAGAUAAACCGUUCAGAUGUGAACAGUGUGGGGCAGCUUUUACCACAUCAAGUAAUCUAAUGACUCACCAACGUAUUCACACUGGAGAUAAACCGUUCAGAUGUGAACAGUGUGGGGCAGCUUUUACCACAUCAAGUCACCUAAAGAGACACCAACGUACUCACACGAAUUUCACCGGCACGGUGCAUCCAAGUGAGCGCUGCAGCUUCUCAGGAUGGUUCAGUCCAGGGACUCUGAGGAACCUGGGGACCGACACCCAGGGUGUAGAUACAUCUCAGGGAGCUUUGGCUCCUUGA